UAAAAGAACAGGCGACGCUCGUGCUACGCUCCUAGGGUUCAGACAAGACCUGUGAUGCUUCCCUCCGCCAAGUAAAGUCACCUCGCAGGCUCACUUACCUCUGUCAGCAGCGACAUCAUAGCGAUUGGACGCCACCAGACAUCAUCACUUCCCGUUUCGGCCAUCGUCUUUAAAACAGACCAUCGAAGCGGCAGGCGCCAGGAGUCGCCCUUCGAGUUCAACUGGUUUCUGUUAGGCCUCUUACCACCAUUCCCUUCGCAGAAAUAAACAGCUGGGUUGUCCCCAAGAGCUGUAACCGUGACUUUUGUGGUCCUCCAGCACUUCCAGCUCCCUGGUCCCCUGUCUACCGCCUCGCCUAGCCCUGGAGCCUUGAAGCCCAGGAAGGAAAAAAGAGGUCAAGUCACGGCCACGCCCAGAAAGAACCAAGUAAGUCCCUGCCGGGUUCACCAGCGCUGCGUUCGCCGCCCACGCUUCCAUCUGCUUUUCUACGGGGUCAGGAGAGCUCGGGGGAAGAAAAGCCAUGACUUAAUAACCUUGAAUUGGCCCCCCGUCAUUGAUUUUACGCUGCCACUUAUUCUCAAAUUCCCCGUCUCGCGACGGUUCACUCCUUUUCAUCCAAACCUCAUCACCGCCCACCCCCAAAACGGCUUGCCCUGCGUCGACGCUACGAAAUCAUUGGAUCGAACCCGUCCUGGCACCGCGUUCUCAGCUCCCCCAGCGAUGCGGUCUCUACCCGCAAUAGUGGGCUUGCUGCCUCUGCAUCUCGCCUUUCUCCAGCAGUUCCUGCAUGGCGUCAUUGCAACACCUGUCGCCAGCGGGCAGCAAAGAGUUAUCGGCCCAGAUACCGCCACGGAGGAUGUCGUAGUCGGCCAAGAAGGGUCUCGCCGCUUAAACGGAAAGUUUUUGCACAUUACUGACUUCCACCCUGACCAAUUCUACAAAACCCACUCCUCCACCGAAGAAGGCAUCGCCUGCCACCGAGGCGAUGGACCCGCUGGCUACUAUGGCGCAGAAACGUCUGACUGCGAUACGCCGUCCUCUCUUGUAAAUGCAACUUUUGACUGGAUCGCCGCCAACAUCGCAGACGACAUCGACUUUGUAAUCUGGACCGGCGACUCCGCACGUCACGAUAGCGAUGAGAAUAUUCCGCGUAAUCCUGCGCAGGUGCUAGGCACUAACCGGUGGAUCGCCGAUAAGUUUGCAGAGGCCUUCGGCGACCCCAAAGAUCCUACGCGAAUGGCCGUCCCCGUGAUACCAACCUUCGGAAAUAACGACAUCCUUCCGCACAACAUCCUUCUGCCGGGACCCAAUAAGUGGCUGGGCUACUAUGCCGAGAUAUGGAAGCGCUUCAUCCCGGAAGAGCAACGCCACUCGUUCGAGUAUGGUGGCUGGUUCUACGUCGAGGUGAUUCCCAAGAAGCUGGCAGUCUUCAGUCUCAACACGCUGUAUUUUUUCGACCGAAACGCCGGUGUCGAUGACUGCCAGCAGCCUUUUGAGCCAGGCUUCAAGCAGAUGGAAUGGCUUCGCGUGCAGCUGGAGUUCCUCCGGGAGCGUGGGAUGAAGGCUAUCCUCAUGGGCCACGUGCCCCCUGCUCGGACGGACAGCAAGAAGAAUUGGGACGAGACCUGCUGGCAAAAGUACAACCUCUGGAUGCAGCAGUACCGCGACGUUGUCGUUGGUUCGCUCUACGGCCACAUGAACAUUGACCAUUUUAUCGUGCACGACACCAAGGAGGUCAACAUCAACAUCCUGGGCGGAUACGCAGUUGACGACGAUGUUGGACGGGAGGCAUUUGAGGACGAACUCGAGAUCCAAUCGGCGCAGGACUACCUGACAGAGUUGCGAGAAGGUUGGGCGAAACUCCCGCCCGUCGACGUUAAGGCGUUGGAAGAGGAGGACACAUUCCAGUCGGACGCACAGGGCAAGAAGGGCAGGAAAGGCGACAAGGACAAAAAGAAGAAGAAGCCUGGAAAGGACUUGGGUGGCAAGUAUGCGGAGCGAUACCAUCUGUCUCUCGUCGGCCCCAGUAUUGUGCCCAACUACUUUCCCACGCUCCGUGUCGUGGAGUACAACAUCUCUGGUCUCGAGAACGCAGCGGUUUGGACAGACUCGUUCACCAACGAGAUUCCAUCCCUGGCACUCCCGACUGACGCCGACCCCGUCCACGAGGAACUGAAGCGCGAGAUUGACGCCGCCCAGAAGAGAAAAGGCAAGAAGGGGAAAAAAGGAAAGAAGCCAACGACACCCAAGGACCCCAACCUGGUCAUCCCGCAACCGCCACCCGCAGGCACUGGCCCUGGCCCGGCAUAUGCGCCUCAGCCCCUGACGUUUCUUGGAUACACCCAGUACUUUGCGAACUUGACCUAUCUCAACAACGACAUGACGCAAGAGAACAAGGACGUGUCCAGGAACAAAUGGCGCGACGGUAUCCACAAGGACAAGGAUCCCAAGUCCAAGAAGCCCAAGCCGCGUCCCUUCGCGUUCGAGGUUGAGUACAGCACCUUCACUGAUAAGAUCUACAAGCUGUCGGACCUGACGGUGCGGAGCUACGUGAAGCUUGCGAAUCGCAUUGCCAGGGAGAAUGUCAAGGGCAAGGCGCUUGCCCAAGAGGAUGAUGAAGAAGAAGACGACGAUGAUGACGACGAUGACGAAGAAGAAGAAUACCAGAAAGACGAGAUGGGCCAAGAAGAAGAAAAUGACUCAGGCGCUGUAGAUGAAGGUGAUGAAGGAGACAAAGAAGAUGAAGAUACAGAAGACGAUGGUGUAGAAACAGAGAAAAACAGCGGGAAAAAAGGUAAGAAGGGGAGGAAGGGGAAGAAGAAGAAGAAGAAGCACAACAAGGUGUGGUUGCAUUUUCUCAAGCACGCGUUCGUUAGGACGGUGCCCCAGAAGAAGCUCAAGAAGUUUUAGAGCAUGCAUGCAU